CCAUUUUUCUCCAUAUUUGCUUUCCCAAAUUCAAAUUAUAAUUUAUAUUUCUCCCCAUAAAUUCUGUUCAGUCUAAACUCUAAAAGCACCAUGGAUAUGGUGUUCUGUUCAAAACCCCAUUGCUUUGGUUCCCAACUACAGCGGUAUCAGCAAUCCAUCGUUUCACCUUCACCUCUUUCUUCCUUUCAAUCCAAAACCCUUAAUUUUACCCGCUCAAUAUCUCUGUUUGCCGCCAAAAAAACAAGGGUUAUUUCCAAUCUUGAUUCUCGAGUCAAUGGUGCUCUUUCAUCUGACCCUGAUUCUAGCUUUCUGGACAGGCAAAAAGCAUUGGAAACUGCAAUGAAUGAUAUCAACAACUCAUUCGGGAAAGGAAGCGUGACGAGACUUGGAAGCCUUGGUGGAGCUCUUGUUGAAACAUUCCCAAGUGGCUGUCUUCCUUUAGACCUUGCAUUAGGUGGUGGCCUACCUAAAGGGAGAAUUGUAGAGAUUUAUGGGCCUGAAAGUAGUGGAAAGACCACCUUAGCACUACAUGCCAUUGCAGAAGUGCAGAAGCUAGGAGGGAAUGCAAUGCUUGUAGAUGCAGAACAUGCAUUUGAUCCAUCAUAUUCCAAAGCAUUAGGAGUUGAUGUGGAAAAUCUCAUUGUUUGCCAACCAGACAACGGAGAAAUGGCACUAGAAAUUGCAGACCGCAUGUGUAGAUCUGGUGCAGUUGAUCUCAUUUGCAUCGACUCUGUCUCAGCUCUUACUCCACGUGCUGAAAUUGAAGGCGAAAUUGGAAUGCAACAAAUGGGUUUACAAGCACGGCUUAUGAGUCAAGCAUUGCGUAAAAUGUCAGGCAAUGCAUCAAAAGCUGGAUGCACACUUAUAUUUCUUAAUCAAAUAAGAUACAAGAUUGGAGUGUAUUAUGGAAAUCCAGAAGUUACAAGUGGAGGUAUUGCCUUGAAGUUUUUUGCAUCUGUUCGACUUGAAAUACGGCCUAUAGGGAAGAUAAAGUCUGUCAAAGGUGACGAGGACAUUGGGCUUAAGGUUCGAGUAAGAGUUCAGAAGAGUAAGGUUUCUAGGCCAUACAAGCAAGCAGAGUUUGAAAUUAUAUUUGGAGAGGGAGCAAGCAAAUUGGGAUGCGUAUUAGAUUGUGCUGAAAUGAUGGACAUUGUGUUGAAAAAGGGCUCUUGGUAUAGCUUUCAAGAUCAAAGGUUGGGGCAAGGAAGAGAUCGGGCAUUGCAGUAUUUGAGAGAAAACCUUCCUCUUUGUGAUGAGAUUGAAAAGCUUGUGAGGUCAGCAAUGAUGGAUGGAAAUGGGCAAGCAGUUACUUCAUAUGCCCGAAACUCAACACCAAUCCAUGAAGAAGAUGAAUUACUUGAAGAGCUACAAUGAAAUAUGUUUAACACAUAAAAAUUGUAAAACAUUUUGUAAUCCUUUUUUUUUUCAUUAAAAAAAUCGUACAUGUUUUAAACCUUGGUUUAUGCCCAAUAUUAUUAAUAUAUUAAGAGAGAAAACAUGGUGGGUAUAAAUUAAAUUUUGAG